AUGCGGGAAAAAGCUACCGAAGAGAAAUUUCAUUUCGAUCCCGAAAUUGAAAGAACACUCCGAAAGCUCAAUAGCAAGACACGAAGAAGAAGGAAGUUAGCCCAAGAGAAGCGACAAAGAGAAGAGGCGUCUACUUCUUCUAAUAAUCAAAUUGAAGAAGUAGUUGUAGAGACUUUUGAAGGAGACAUGGCGGGUGUUGUUCCAACCGAAAUGUCCGCCAAUAGUCCAAGACGUACCGCCCAAUUUGCACGCAAUGCUCAAGGUGGAGCAAAUACGGAGAUGAAGACCGGAAUCCUCCAACUUGUUUAUGCAAAUCCAUUCACCGGAAUGGAUCAUGAGGAUCCUUUCGCACAUCUCACCAAAUUUUAUGAGAUUGCGGAAAAAUUUUUAGAACGAUAUUUUCCUCAAUCCCGAUUCAUGGAGGCCAAAACGGCAAUUGCGGUUUUCAAUCAAGGAAGCAACGAGUCCUUAAAUGAUGCUUGGGAAAGAUUCAAAUCCAUGCUUAGAAAAUGCAAGGGUCAUGGUUUUGAUGAUCUCACACAAAUUCACAUCUUCCGCAAUGGACUUCAAUCGGUGCACAAGACACUUUUGGAUGCUACCGCGGGUGGCUCUCUAAUGUCAAAAAGCGCGGAGGAUGCAAUAAUGAUAAUCGAUCGUAUGGCACUCAAUGAUCUCCAAACUCAACAUGAUAGGAGUCCAUCACAAAGGAAGCUGGGUGUUCUCGAAUUAAACACCAAUGAUGCCAUCCUUGCUCAAAACAAGAUUCUCUCUCAACAAGUUGAGUUACUCACUAAGCAAAUGUCGAAGCUUCCACAACAAAUGAAGGAAAUUCAUGGGAUGCAAAUGACUUCUCACGUGGCAAGUUGUGAACUUUGUCAAGGUGACCAUCCUACCGGGUUUUGUCCUCCUCCCGAGGGUCAAGGUCAACAAUCUCAAGGUGGAAGCUCAAAGUUGGAAGACACUCUUACACAAUUCAUGCAAGCAUCCAUGGCUAAUCAAAGGAGUAAUGAAGCGGCCAUAAAGAAUUUAGAAAAUCAAGUGGGUCAACUUGCAAAGCAAUUGUCCGAGCAACAACCGGGAGCAUCCUUUUCCGCCAACACCCAAACCAAUCCAAAGGAGCAUUGCAAAGCCAUUUUUACAAGAAGUGGGAAGGAGGUGAAUAGUGGCGUAAAUGAAGAGGUUAUAGUGGAAGAUGAGGAGGAAAUAAUAGUUGAAGAUGAAGAGGAGGAAGUGACAGUUGAAAAUGAGGGAGAAAAGAGUGAGGAGAAAGUGGAGGAAGAAUUAGUUGAAAAAGAGCGGAAAGAAAAAGAAGGAAGAGAGAAAAAUGACAAAAAAGUGAAUAGGAAUAAAAAGAGAAAUGAGAAUAUGCUCACAAAGAAAAAGAAGUACACGGAUGAAGAGACGGUUGUGCUUGAUGCUCAUUGUAGUGCAAUUAUUCAAACAACUCCCCCAAGAAAGGAAGCCGAUCCGGGACGAGUCAUUUUACCGAUCACCAUUGGAGGUAACUACAUUAGUAAUGGUUUGGUUGAUUUGGGGUCUAGCAUCAAUUUAAUACCUUUAUCCGUUGUCAAGAGAUUGGGGAACAUUGAGAUGAAACACACCAGGAUAACUUUACAACUAGCUGAUAAGUCUAUCAUUUCACCAUAUGGAGUUGUACAAGACAUGCUGGUAAAGGUGGACAAAUUUUUGUUCCCGGUUGAUUUUGUGGUAGUCGACAUGGAGGAGGAUCGUGAUGUGCCAUUAAUACUUGGAAGACCAUUCAUGAAGACCACCCGAAUGAUGAUUGAUAUCGAUGAUGGGAUUAUGAAAGUAAGGGUGCAAGAUAAAGAGGUAAUUUUUACUCUUUUUGAGUCUAUGAAGCCUCAUAAGGAUGAACAUGACAACUUUCGAAUCGAUGAUGAAAAAGGAGAAAUCAUUAAGGUGGCAAAUCAAAUUCACAAGGACGAGGAGAAGGCAAAUCAUGAGGGAAAGACUUAUCACAAAAACAUUGAAGUUGGACAAAUGGUGCUUGUGUGCAAUUCAAGACACAAGGUGUUUCCUAGUAAGUUAAAGUCAAAGUGGUCGGGGCCAUUUGUGGUGAAAGAGGUGCGAAAUGAUGGAGCCAUUGUGGUGGAGGACCCUAAAACACAAGAAAGCUGGACUGUAAAGGAACAAAGACUCAAAGGCUACCACGAUGGAUAA